GUAGUCGCUUCGUGAGGGACCGGAGAGAGGAGUGGGUACCGAAAGGUGACAGUAAUUUGCUAGUCAUGGCCCUUCAUCUUGUCCUACAUCCCAAGCUCCCGGCAAGCCCCUAAAUUACAGUCGCCGCCAUUGCCUCUGCUCCCUGCGGCGGACUGCCGACGGCGUUUGCCUGCCUCCUUUCUGUGUGGGAAGGCGCCGCCGGAGAGAACGCACCUAAGAAAACUGCCUUGGAUUCAAGCAGAACAGCCUUCCAGAAAUGCCCUCCGCGUUACCCCAACUAUGUUGCAGAAUGUGAUAGGUUUGCCAGAUCUGCUGCAGGGCUUGUCGCCAGUGGAAACAGAGAAAGGAGGAAACAAUCCCUUGGCAAGAGCGCAGGUCCAACUUCAGUGACAGAUCUGAUGGCCUUGGAGUGGCUGAAGACCACCACCCUCCACAGGCCUGCGCCCCAGCACAGCUAUCCUUUAUCUUGAGUGAGCUUCCUCAACAUGCUGUCUAUAUGAUUGGCAGAAACUGUAGUUGGAAAGGGGCUGAAUGACUACUGGACUUUAUAUGAAAACACCUACUUGGGGCUGACUUUCGGGCAAGGCUGAGACAGGGGCAUAUUUAUAUUAAGCUUUGCCUUUCUCUCGAACCAUGAUUGGCUCUAAAACUAAAAGGAAAGCUAGAGAAGAGUCUGGGGCUUCCUCAAAACCUGGAACCAAUAGCCCUGCCAAUGCUAAAGGAAAAGCCAAGAAUCAGACCACUAAAGCCGUUAAGGCAGAACCAAAAGAAGAAUGGGGGAACCAGGCUGAGGCUAGGGAUGAAGCAGUGGCCAGGACACAGCCAGCCAUUUCCACUGAGCCCAAGACUGUGACCUGGAAAGUAAAAAAAAAGAAAGAUAAGACUAAUGCUAGAGUCAUGGCUCAGGCUAAGACAGAACUCCCGGCAGGGCCUGCUUUAGUGCCUCACACCAAGUCAGAUGCUCUGCCUACAUCUGUGGUCAUUACUGUAACCAAGUCUGAAGUCAAGAUUGACACUGGAAUUGAGGCAUCUCUCAAGGGCGCUGCCAAGGCUACUGAUAAGCGCAGUAUUAAGCAGAAGCCUGAGAUAAAGAAAGAGGUCUGUGUCAAAUCCAGGGCUGGGGACAAAGCUAAAGAGGUCUGUGUCAAAUCCAGUGCUGGAGACAAAGCUAAAGAGGUCUGUGUCAAAUCCAGGGCUGGGGACAAAGCUAAAGAGGUCUGUGUCAAAUCCAGGGCUGGGGACAAAGCUAGUAUUGUCAUCAACACCACUGAUGAGGAUGAAGAUUAUGUGUGUUCCUGGUUUUGGACUGGAGAAGAGCCUAGUGUAGGGUCCUGGUUCUGGCCUAAAGAAGAAAAUCCUCUUCAAGUUUAUCAGCCCCCACCAAAGGUUGAAGAAGAACCUGAACCCCCAGAUACAUUCGACUAUGCUUUAAAAAAAAAAGCUGCAGCAUGGUUAAGGGGCAGGUUUAUUGUCCUGGUCCCCAUUGAGGAACCGCAGCCAUCUUUACCUCCAGAUGGGAACUGGACUCUGGUUGCAACCUUAAUUGAAACUCCCCUGGGUAUUCGACCUUUGACCAAGAUCCCACCUUAUGGGGGACCUUACUUCCAGACUUUAGCCGAUUUAAAAAACCAAAUCCGGGAAAAAGAGAAGUAUGGACCCAAUCCAAAUACCUGCCGCUGUAAAUCCCGCACCUUUAGUUUAGAGCCUGUUGACUUUGAUAAGCUCGUUGCCCUACUUAAGUUAACGAGGGAUCCGUUUAUUCAUGAGAUAGCUACAAUGAUAAUGGGGAUCAGUCCUGCUUACCCAUUUACUCAAGAUAUUGUUCACGAUGUUGGUAUUACUGUUAUGAUUGAAAAUUUUGUCAAUAAUCCAAAUGCUAAGAAAUACCCUAGAACUUUAAAUAUAAAUGCCAACCCUGAUGCCCCCGAAGAAGUGAAAGAGACCGAAGCACAUGUAAAUAAAGUUUGUAGGGACAUACUCUGUUGUCCUUUGAACUGCUCUGUGCAAGUGGAGGAGCUAAAGCUGUUAGUGAGCUUGAGUGUGAAAUUUGAUUAUCACCACGUGGUUAUCUAUUAUGUUCGUUAUUUCAUCUCACUGUUAAACAAAGGAAGUGUCAAAAUCAAGUUUCAGAUUUUAAGAGUCCUUUUGUGCUUGUCAAAAAAUCAAGCGAAUACAAGAGAACUGAUCAGUGCUGAAGUAAUGUCCUCACUGGUCGCUCUCUUUCACAAGAAUGAGUCAAAAGCUAAUAUUCUUCAUAUCAUUGAAAUAUUUGAGAAUAUAAAUUUCCAAUUCAAAAAAAGGGCAAAACUGUUUACUAAGGAAAUGUUCACUAAAUCUGAACUUAUUUCCAUAUUCCGGGAGGCAAAAGAGUUUGACCAGAAACUCCAAGACUUAACAGACCACAGUGACCCUGAUGUGAGAGAUAAAGUUAUCCGAUUAAUACUCAAACUCUGAAUAGCUGUAUAUUCUCACAAAGCCUUGAACAUUUUUGUCUUUCCAAUAUAAAUCGAAUGCUUAUUAUAAUUAUAAAUUUGAUAACUUAUGCUCUCUGUGUUGAGGGAGGCCAUUUUAUGGAUGCUAGUCAUCUUGAAAGAUUGAAUACUUGCUGGUUUUUAUUGUGCUAUAUAAUAUAAAUUAAGGUAUUUUGGUAUUUCUGUAAUGUAACCCAGUACUGAACCUAUUCGUUCUAAAUAAGCUAUAUUUCUGUGCAUUAUAUUGAUAUAAGUGUAUUUUCGUAUUCCAUUUACGUGUUUUUAAUAAAGUUGCAUGCUAAACACAAUGAAAA